UUAGCUCUAAUUACUCUACCAGAUUACGCAAAACAAGAAUGGCAUCGACCACGCUGAGUUUUGAAGGAUGCAAUUUUCUUCGAAUGCGCCUUAUCCUAGCCACCGUCAGUGGUAAAUCUGUGAAAAUCAAAAAAAUUCGAUCAAAAGAUGAUAAUCCGGGACUUCGAGAAUUUGAAGCAAGUUUCAUUCGACUGUUGGACAAAAUCACUAAUGGAUCCAAGAUAGAUGUUAGCCAUACAGGUACGACAUUAUUCUACCAACCAGGGAUGCUACAGGGUGGGACCAUAGAACAUGAGUGCAAUCCACAAAGAUCUAUAGGCUAUUACCUUGAGGCACUUAUGUGUCUGGCUCCCUUUAUGAAGACCCCAUUGAAAGCCAUCCUGAGAGGCGUCACCAAUGACCAGAUAGAUCCAUCUAUAGACCAGUUGAAGUACUCAGUUCUGCCUGUGUUAAAAAGAUUUCUGGGGACGGAUGACGGUGUUGAGUGGAAAGUGACAAGAAGGGGUGCUGCCCCAGAUGGAGGAGGGGAGAUGAUAUUUAGGUGUCCCACUAAACAAAAAUUACGUCCACUGCAGCUCACAGUUCCUGGAAAAAUCAAAAGAAUCAGAGGAGUAGCCUGGGCAGUGCGUGUGUCUCCAGCCACAUCUAAUAGAUUGGUAGAUUCAGCCAGGGGUGUACUCAACAAGUGCCUACCUGAUAUAUACAUAUACACAGAUCAUUAUAAAGGCAGUCAGUCUGGCAAGUCCCCAGGGUUUGGUAUGACACUUGUAGCAGAGACCACAGAUGGUGUGUACUACACUGCUGAAGGUGCUUCCAACCCUAAACACACAGGUGAUCAACCUAGUGAGCCCACUGUUCCAGAGGAGCUGGGGAGAGAUACAGCUAUAGCAUUGUUAGAUGAAAUAUAUAGGGGUGGGUGUGUUGACUCAGCCAGUCAGAGUAUUGCCUGUUUAUUUAUGGCUCUUGGUCAACAAGAUGUCUCAAAAAUACAAGUAGGCCCACUAUCACAAUAUACGAUACAUUUCCUGCGUCAUUUAAAGACAUUCCUCCAGGUUGUGUUUAAGAUAGACAAUGACACUAAUGCAAAUAGAGACCUAGACAAUGAGGAUGAAGAUGUGUUAAGGACAGGUGGAGAUAAAGUCUUAUUGACAUGUGUAGGAGUUGGUUACACAAACUUAGGAAAAGUCAUUCUAUAGUCAGUGCCUUCAUUUAUAGUUUAUGACCAGCUGGACAAAUUAAUAUUGGACCAGUUGCUGUAGUUGGUAUAUCUAAAGGAAAACCUUUCACAGAUUCUUGGACAUCUCAUGUGCAACUAUUUCAAUGUGUGCAACUUUAUACACCAGUGCAACCAUAGACUUUGCAACCAAUAGAUGAUAUUCUCGAGAGGCAACUGGAUUUCACUGCUGUACAUCUUUAGCUCGGAAAAUUCAUCCCACAAUUUUUGAAGGAUAUACCAAACUACACAGUAUCCAAACAGGAAGAGUUGACAGUUUUCUACCACUCUCAUCCAAAUUAGAUAGAAGUGCUUAUUGGUACAAUUUAAUGCCUCAAGCAGCUGUUAUACAUGUAAUUCCAAUUGAUGGAUAUCAUAAAGAUUUUGGCUAGAUUUUGGCAUGGUAUCUUGGGGUGAGACAUGUUGAAAAAAUCAUUUUCAGGUUGAGUUUGAUUUGUGUCAGCAAAAUAAUGAUUUUGGUCACAACUCUAAUUUGGACUGUGAACAAAGUACAAAAAAUGUUUUGAAAAACAUCACUUUUGAUCAUUUGUAUUUUCUGAAAGUUUUUCUGAGUUUAAUUUAUGUUUUUAUUUGAAUGCACAUACAAUAAAGUAUAUAAUUCACUGCAAACAUGUUCAGUUGAUGGCAACUUGUAAAUUCAGCACAAUCUAUAGUAAAAUACUCGUACUCAUGUGAUCCUUUAUUCCAUUUAUUUUUUCUCCGUUCCACUCAACCUGAAUUUGAUGCAUCAACUCUGCCAUUGAUUCAGAUCCACCUGAAGCCCUCAACCCACUGACACUAUACUCAUCUGGUUGUUGUUUCACCCCUAAGAACAUCGCUCGAUCAUUUAUAUAAUUGUUUUCUUUUGUAAACAUUUGUGGCCAUAAAGGUGUUACAAACAUUCUACAAGAUCACAAAUGUUUCACUUAUAUUUUACCAUUCUAAAGUUGGAAAUUGCAAUAAAAAAUAUAAAUACAUCUAAAA